AGACGUCAGUUAUUUUCUAGAAAAUCGCAAUUCGCAAUCAAUACACAACUCGAAAAUUCAAGAAAUAUAAUCUGAAAUCAUUGAAAUUAUACAGAAUUAGAAGACUCAACGAACCUUAACAGUUUCCGAAACAAAACCAGAGAAAGUUUUACAUUUUUAAUUAAAAGCAAUUUCUUUUAAAAUUAUGCAAUUAUAUUGUGCAGAUUGCAUCAUGUUGUCGCGAAUGUGCGUCGUCCGUUCGGCGUUAAAUGUUACGCACACUCUCAAGACCCCCGUCCCACAAAGAUUCGUGCCUAAAAACUAUGUGGUACGAAACUACGCCCGUGAACCUCGCUCUAGAGUGGCUACAAGAACUCAACCAACACUGUGGGAAAAACUUAUGGCCCCAGCUGGACCUAAUGCAUUCAGUUUGGGAAAAGGAGCAUUGGCAGGAGCAUCUGCUGUGGGCUUAGUAGCCCUUUGCUACUACGGCUCAGGAGUGAAACCCGGCACAUUGCAAGAAGCACAUCUAUGGCCACAAUAUGUAAAGGAUCGCAUUAAAGCCACAUAUGGAUACAUUGCUGGUUCACUUGUGUUGACUGCAGGCAGCGCUAUCACAGUAUUUAGGACUCCAGCUCUUCUUAACCUAGUUGCUAGAAACGGAUGGAUGUCCAUCAUUGCAACAAUGGCAUUAAUGAUUGGAUCUGGAAUGGUAGUCCGUGGGAUGGAAUAUAAGCCAGGCUUUGGAGGAAAGCAACUUGCUUGGAUGUUGCACACCGGUAUCAUGGGAGCUGUCAUUGCCCCCAUCUGCUUCCUUGGGGGCCCAAUUCUGAUGCGGGCAGCAUGGUACACCGCAGGAGUUGUUGGUGGACUGAGCACAAUAGCGGUUUGUGCCCCAUCUGGUGAGUUCCUGAACAUGCGGGCUCCACUGGCCAUGGGUCUCGGUGCGGUGUUCGCGGCGUCGCUCGCUGGAAUGUUUUUGCCUCCUACAUCUGCUCUCGGUGCAGGUUUAUACUCUCUUAGUUUGUAUGGUGGCCUCAUAGUGUUUGGCGGGUUCUUACUGUAUGACACCCAAUCAAUUAUCAAGAGGGCAGAAACCCACCCAAUGUAUGGAUUCCAACCUUACGACCCAAUCAACUCUGCCAUCUCAGUAUAUCUGGACGUCCUCAACAUCUUUAUGCGCAUAGCCAUGAUCCUGUCUGGUGCUGGUGGUAAUAGAAGAAAAUAAAUACCUACUAGCUUAGAUAUGUUUCCAACAAUAAUUUAUGAAACUAUGAAUAAAUUAUUUAGCUCACACUAAAUUAGAGUAGUAAUCUAAUACUAGUUUUAAUGUUAAUAUUCUUCGCGAUCCCCGAGUCGGCAUGUGAUAUUAUGGAUACUGUUAAGUUUUUGUGGUUCUAAUGAUUUCAAAAUAAAAUUAUCGAAGUAAUUA